CUACAUAAUUUUUCUUUUCCUAGUGAUUUGUUCAGUUAGAUAUAAUGUUUUAACAAAAACCGAUCUCUUAGCAGUUAACAAGACUUUCCAGGAAUGCCUAUCUUUAUUUGUUAAGUACCCAAUUACCUACCUAUUUCCAAUACUUAAGUAGCCUAUCAUUUAUUUAUUUAUAUACUUACUAGGUAGGUAACGGUAAUAAUCUAUUUGUGAUUAGAAUCACAGCUAUUAAGCACUUGUUUGAUAUAUAUUGAAGUGCACCGACGCGUUAUAUCACUGACUUGAGACAUGUUACAAUUCCAACGAAGUUAUCCCCCUUCCGACCUGGAGCAGGCGAUGUUCCCUAUAGACAUUUAUAUAAACAGUCGGAAGCCUCCACUAAAACCUGGCACAGCAGGUAUGGAAGCCAAAGAAUUAGUUCAAAAGGCCAACUCGUUGGAGGUGAAGAUCUCUGUAACGAACUACAACAGCCUGUACGCGACGCGCAGCACCCCCGAGUUCGUGAUCAACGGCGCGGCCGUGCUGCAGCUCAAGCUCAUCGCCGCCCUCGUCAACAACGUCUACAACAACCUCAUCUUCGCGCGCUUCGUCAAGCGGCGCGCCAAUGACGACCUGACGUACACGAUCAAGCUCACCAGCACAGAGCUCGGUAUUGCCAAGAGCUUCACCAGCGACGACGGCACGUGGCAUCUCAUCCACGAGAACAAGAAGCAACAAUACACGUUUGACGUAACGGCUUGUAUGGAGGCGGCUCCGUGCGCCAGUUCGUUUGCCAGCCUGCACGACGACGCCGAGCUCACGGACUUCGAGCUGCGCGGCGAGGACGGGUCCGUGCACGUGCACCGCGCCGUGCUGGCCGCCGCCAGCCCCGUGCUGCGCCGCAUGCUGGGCGGCGCGUGGCGCGAGACCGCCGAGGGCAGGGUCGAGCUCCCGGGACCUCGCGCCACGCUGCAGCACCUGAAGGACUACGUGUACCUGCACGCGUUGCCUGAAGCCGGGCUGGAGCAGCUGCUGUUACUGGCGGCGUACUACAUGAUGCCGGACUUGGAGCAGCGCUGCGUGGACAGGCUGGCGCGGGCCGUGAGCGCGGACAACGCGUGCGACGUGAUCGAGUUCGCGGCCAAGAACAAGCUGCCGCGCCUGCUGCUGGCCGUGCUCGAGCUGGUGCAGAGCGGCGCCGUCAGCGUGUCCGCCAUGCGCGACCACCUCGCCCACGCCAAAACAGAUAGUUAAGCUCCUAAUGCUGGUUUCGAUUCAAAAGUUUGCUUUUUUACUCUUUUUCUUUAUUUCUGUGUUGAUUCGAUUCGUGAUGGAUUUUAGUCAAAUAACAAUUGAUGGAAAAGUCUAAACUCUCUAAAAAGUCCUUAUGCUCAAGAUUUGAAACAGUGAUAUUAUAGAGUAUUUUAGGCAUAUGCAUAUGCCGCAGUCAUCUGGUUGAAGCUGCUAUUUGAUUAAACGACUUGCACCUUCAGUGUAUAACUUAAUUUCAUUGAAUCAUAUCAUGAUCAUAGCCAAAGGCAAUUUAUGACAAAAAAAUAUAUUUAAGUACAUUUUUUCGAUUUUGAAAAUCGAUUGCAAUUUUCCUUCACAUAAAAUGGCGAAGUUAAGGCAAAUUGUUUUGUUACUUUAAUUAAUCAUACUUACUAUGUUGACUUAGAUACGUAUGUGAGUACAAGUACUUAAAUAUUUGGUUGCCAGCACGUAAUGAAUACGUGGGCUGUUGACAAAAUUUCGCAUGUUUCGAAGAUUAUGUUCAGCAAAGCCCUUCAAAAGUUUAUUACUUUAAUUAACAAUAAAUAUUGUAUUACGAUGACAUUAUAUUGACAAACAUUCGAACUUCUAGUGUAGACGUAUGUAUAGUUAUGCUAUCUUACCUUAAGGUGUUUGGGACCAAUGUAAAGACUGAUUAUAUGUAAUUAUUGUGACUAAAUUAUAGUUCAAUUUUAAUAAAUUGUCAUUACUUUUUAUGCAGAAUGAUUAGUCUCCGUAUUCUGCAUAGCAGAACAUUUUUAGCUUUGUAUAACUAACGUGUAGCAUUCCAAACUGGCAUUAAAAGUAUUCAUCAAAAUCCAGAUUUUACCCAAUAGUGUUUUCUAAGUCCCAAAAUAUCUUUAAAUUAUAUUUCAACACUCAUAAAAUAAUAAUAAAUAAGUUACUAUAAUAUAAUCUUUUUUUUCUUCUCACAAAUCCUUGCAAGCAGGACUGACGUUCAAAAAGUGUUGUUUUGCAGCCAAGUUUGAAUAAACAAUUUUUGAUUUUGGCUGCUUUAGCAUAAGUGCAUUUCAUAUUAUUUUUGGCACUCCACAUUGGUGAUCCCACUCGAAAUUCAUUACUCGCAAGUUUAAUUUAGGCCCUGACUCCAGCUGACUGACUGACUGCUUCCAACAGCCAACUAUAGCUGGGCCGCGCGCCCAAUACCUGCCGUCCAUAUGUGCCAUGACCUUAAUAAUUAUUAAAAAUGUAAGGAAACUAGGCCAUAUUGCUCGCAGAGCGGACGGCCGAUGGGGUCGAAAAGUGCUGGAGUGGAGACCACGGACUAGCACGCGCAACGUAGGACGUCCACCAACAAGUUGAACAGACGACAUUAUAAAGGUCGCCGGACGCUGGAUGCAAGUCGCCUCCAACAGGUAUCUGUGGAGAUCUAAGAGGGAGGCCUAUGUUCAGCAGUGGACGUCCUAUCGCUGAGAUGAUGAUGAUGAUGAUGAAGGAAACAAGAAAUAAAAGCUGUGAUUUUCAGUUUAUAUUUAUUUUGACAUCACAAUAAUGUUUUCACUUCAAAAAGCGUUUUAAGCUGAACAUUAUUAAAUACCAAUAUGAAAUAACUUAAAUCAUUUUUUAUUUAAUCAUAGUUAAAUUACACUUUAAAUUUUAUUGCACGGCCCAAUUAUAUUAAGACAUGGCAGAUUUAUUCAACAUCAAUUUUGCGCAAUAUCAACACAUUUUAUACAAAUUCAAAUGAACUAAAAAUAUACAAAGUAGGUAUGACGAAUGGUUAGUUCAUUGGACAUUGGUCGACGUCGUCAUAAACAAAAAAUAUUUUGAAUAAUAAUCGCGAGAAUUUAGCGAUAUUGAGCUCAGCUUGAUUUAAUCAAUGUCUCUCAGGCUCGCGGAACUUCUCACUAAACACAUUUUGGGUACAUAUUUAAACAUAAUUCUGUCACAGCAUAUUUUUUGUCAGAGACAGCAUGUUUUUAAACCCUUGAAACAUUUUCAUAGUGAAGCCUUGAGUGUAUACUUCGACUCAUUUAAUUUGCUAAAUAAUUCUAAGCGUCCGUCGAGUUUAGUCAAAAAUGAUGUUUUAAACAAAAUAUAUUUUUUUUUACUUAGGUAUAACGUGGAAUGAUAUAAAUAUUACAAUUAGUGUGUUCUCAAGAAUCAUUAUCUUAAGGAUAAGAGCUGAUCUUUAACCUCGCUGUUUGGUGAAACAAUGUAGUUUAUUCAAGCACAUAGGUGAACAUUUAAAAAUAUCUUAAUUAGAGAAUCAUAGCGGACUCAUACAUAUUAAAACAGUUAUGAACUUUAUGUGACAUACCUUUUUAAAAUGAUGUCAACAUCCGAUUUUUCUUCUGGCCAAAUAAGAAUAAUUUAUUCCAGCAUAUCGAUUUUGUUUAAUUUUUAAUAACAAGUGCCGCCAUGACUCGCUUCCAUUACAAUAUUGUUGGUUAUUAUUAUCAAACGUCUGAUUUAAACAUUGAUUUAUAUGGUUUACAAGCUACAAUGACAAGUUUAAAUAGGAAAAUAGAAACCUCGUAGAACAUUACAAAACAGUUUAAAUAACUUAUUAUAAACUAAUAUAA